AUGCUGAGGCACGUAACGAACAGAAUUCUAGGUCAGGCGCUGCGAGUCCCUGCGACGCCGAACCCGGCGGCAGUUGGUGGUGCUGGCCUGCCUCGGAUGUACCAUGAGAGGGUGGUUGACCACUACAACCACCCUAGGAACGUCGGUUCAUUCGAAAAGAACGAGGAGGAUGUUGGAACGGGUCUGGUCGGAGCUCCGGCUUGCGGUGACGUCAUGAAGCUCCAGAUUAAAGUAGAUAAUGGGACCGGAAAAAUCGUAGAUGCGGUCUUCAAGACCUUUGGAUGUGGCUCUGCCAUCGCCUCCUCCUCAGUAGCAACUGAAUGGGUGAAAGGGAAACAAAUGGAGGAAGUAUUGAACAUCAAGAAUACGGAAAUAGCAAAACAUCUGUCUCUUCCACCCGUAAAACUCCAUUGCAGCAUGCUCGCUGAGGACGCAAUAAAGGCAGCUGUGAAAGAUUACGAGGCCAAGCGCUCAAAAGCGAAUGGGAAACACUGA